AUAGAAGACUUUUACAACUACCCAACGAAACCCGGGGACGUCUGGGUAGUGACGCCUCCGAAGUGUGGCACAACCUGGACCCAAGAGAUGGUGUGGCUCAUCGCCAAUGACUUAGAUUACGAUGGGGCCAAGACGACCCUGUCUGAGAGGUGGCAUUUUUUGGACCUCAACGCCUUGACUGACAAAGACAUACUCGCCCAACUUGCACCAGUACGAAGAAUAGAAGAUAUUUCCCAACAGCCAAACAACAGUUCUCACCGCGCCCAGCCAAGCUUCGUAAAGACGCACUUGCCUCUGUCCAUGAUUAACCCGCGGGUGCUGGAUGUCUGCAAGGUGGUGUACGUGGCCAGGAAUCCCAAGGACGUCUGCGUCUCCUUCUUCCACCAUUGCAGACUCCUGACACACGUCGACUUCCUUGGAGAUCUGCAGAUGUUCGUGAAGUAUUUCAUGGAGGGCCGCAUGGUGGCAACUCCGGUCAUGGAGCACAUGAUAGAAGCAUGGAAUAUGCGUCACCACCCCAACAUCUGCUUCAUCUUCUAUGAAGACAUGAAACGUGAUCUCCAAUCAGAGAUCCGCAGGGUAGCCAAGUUUCUGGGCAAGUCAUUCUCGUGUGAGCAAGUAGAUGAGCUAGCAGAGCACCUCCAUUUCGAUAACUUUAAAAAUAACUCUUACGUCAACAGGGAAGAGGGAAAGGCGUCGGGUUUCUUCUAUGCAGAUCGCGGCGACUUCAUAAGGAAGGGCAAAACAGGUGACUGGAAGAAUCAUUUCACGCCAGAGAUGAGUGCGAAGUUUGACAGGUGUAUGGCGGAGAAGUUAAAGGGCACUGAUCUCUUAUUCACCAUGGAGCUAGAGAAACAGCAUUGAUCGCUACACCAAGAAGGAACGGGAUAUACAUAUAGAAGCAGAAACAGACGUCACAUCAGAGCGUGAUUAUUGGCGGCCGGGAGUUAUCACUGCACGGCGCCCUCUGUUCAGCCUUCCGUGCCAUGUUAUGGAGCAUAACUGGAGAAGAAUUCAUUCACUGAAGGCGAAUGAAAAUGGUGACGUGUAGGAAAUAACUAUCUUUGAGCGCUUUAAGACAUUAAUUCGUAGGUUUAGAGGGCAGCCUUCGCAUGUUCUCCACCCGCGCGAUUUUUAAGUUGAUGAAAUAAACAGAUUGUCGCUUACAUCGCUGCAAACUGCGCGGAAAGUCGAUGGCGAAGCUGGGGAAGUUAAGGUAGGCCCUCUAUUUUUCAUGUUAUUUGUACCUAUUGCGAUUAUGUUGAGUUUGAAAGACUUCCGUAAGCAAUCCUUCACGACGGUCGUUCUCGCACGCCUCCUGCCCUUGACGUGGUGUUAUCUGCAACGGCCAACGUCAUUGGAUUUUACUCAACCUGCAACCCCAGCCUUAGCUGUUCGUGCUUGUAAGAUUCCUGAUGGUCCCAAAUCUAAGUUAAAUAACACUAUCAGUCGUUUGUAACAUGUGUUGGCCUAACUUGAUGAUUGGUUCAGUUCCAGCGGCCUUCAGGUCAUUGCCGAUAAAACGCGGCUGAUGGUGUCUGGAGCCAACAAAAUGUCCGCACCGUUCCCCCCUACAGUGUCAAAUUCCGUGUACAUCUUCCUGUCGCCUGUUUGAAGGAAAAUAUCUCGGCAUGGCCUUUGAUUGUAAUCUCAAUGGAAUUCACACGUUUCGCUCGUCAGUGAACGCUUUUUGGUGCCUUAGCUGGUCAUCACCUCUGAAGCACUGCUUGGCUGCCAGUAUCCUGACCACCAUGGUGAACGUCUUGGUUCUGUCACAGGUUCGUUAUUGCAUAUCAGUAUACGGCAACAGCUCACAGUUCAAAAUGUCACAGAUUUCCUUAAAAAUGUUAAACUAUACCACGAUGCUCAUUUUUGGCCACAAAAAAGGAUCAUGUGUCGGACCUUCACUAGAGGCAUAGCUAGCUUCCUGCUGCAGAUCUAGGCAUGUAUCAUACCAUCUCACCCAUCCACAAGACCCUCCACUCGGGCGAGCCCGACUCACUUGCUCGUGUAGUCUGUGCUGGGUAUGAAGGCGUGGUUGGCCCACGAGGUAAGACAGGGAUCUCGUAAUGCCUCGUUCGCCUACUGAGAUGGCGAAAAGCCGUUUUUUAUUCGCGCACUCAAGAUGUACAAAGAACUCUGGGACUGUCUUCGGCUACCCCGAUUG